GAUUCUCUUUCUCCUCUGUCUGUCGUUUCUUCUCGCUCGUGGGUUUAUUAUCUUUUAAUUCAAUAUACUUUUUUCUCUUUAUUCUCUACUCUUUGUUGGUUUUUAUUCUUUUUACUUGAUCAAACCCAUAAUAUCCAAUUAUUUGGCAUAUAAUUUUUCUUCCCUUUCUAGGUUUUGUCCUUUGACCUCAAAACUGUGUUAUUUGCUGCUAAAUACGUUCUCCCACAUCGAUUCCGAGGGUUCUUUUAAGGGAUGAUGAUGAAAUGAUGAAUCAAGCUACUAAUACGCAAACAUUAGCAUCAGUUGACCCGAACUCUGUUGAGAAUCAGUAUGUUGUUAAUGCAAGUCAAGGCCAGACGUCUUUAUAUGUUCCCACUACAGCUGGUUCGGAAGCUGCAUUAUGGAACAUGUAUAGGGUAGAUAAUCACUCUGCAGAAAAUGGAAGUUUUUCAAAUUCCACUUACCCCCAUGUCCAGCACAGUGAGCCAUCCUCAAGAACUGUCCAGGAUGGGUCUAAUGCAGCCUCGCUUGCUAUGUCAUCGAGCUUAGGAGCGACAAAUGCACAAUCUGACUUUAGUGCCUAUACUUCAUACUCAAAUUCUGCUGAUCCUUAUUCACAUGGGAGCACAGGUUACCAAGGUUACUAUAGUGGUUAUCAGCAACAACCUAACCCAUCUUACUCUCAGCCAGUAGGAGCAUAUCAAAACACAGGUGCUCCAUAUCAGCCUUUUUCCUCAUUUCAGAAUACAGGGUCUUAUGCUGGGCCUACAAGUUAUCCAAGCACUUACUACAAUCCUGGUGAUUAUCAGACAGCUGGAGGUUAUCCAAGUAGCAGUUACACUCAUCAGACUACCACAUGGAAUGGAGGCAAUUAUGCAAAUUAUGCUACUCAUCACCAGUAUUCAAACUACCCUCCAGAUACAAGUGGGGCUUAUGCUGCUGGUAAUGCAGAUGCAAAUUCAUUGCAUUAUCAGCAGCAUUACAAGCUGUGGGUUGAUUAUCACAAUCUGACGGAAGUUAGUUGUGCUCCUGGAACAGAAAACUUGUCUGUUGGUAGCUCAUCCACUCAACAGUCUCAGGUGUCCCAGAUUCCUGGUUUUAGUGGUGGAUAUCCCACUUCAAACAGUCAAGCCCCUACAACUUUUGCUCCACCUUGGAGGCCAGAGUCCAGUUCAUCUCAAACACCUUUGUCACAGCCUGGUGCAACAGUUACUGGUGCUUAUGAUAGUUACCUGACACACGGGGUUCCAAGUUUUCAAAAUCAGCAUCCUAGUCCUGUACAACCACAUUUUGUGAAGCCUUUGUAUUCAAAAUCUUCAUAUAGUAACUUUCAGGAACAACAGAAAACUGCUUGCCCUCAACCUCCCAAUUUACAGUAUCCCGUGGCUCCGUCGGCACCUCAAAAUUACCAACCACCUGCACAAAUUGUUCAAUCUUCAGAGACGCAGAGGGUAAGCAAACUGCAGAUUCAAACAAAUCCCAGAAUUGCCUCUAAUUUACCAUUGGGAUUGCCGAAAUUGGACAAAGAGGGUUUUAACAACAGUGCAAUAGCAAAACCUGCUUAUAUAAGUGUCUCCCAGCCAAAAUCCAGUGAAAAAGUGUUGUCCAAUGAUGCAGCUGAUUCUGCAUUCAAGAAUGGUGUGUUCCCCAAGUCAUUAAAGAAUUAUGUUCAAAGGGCAUUGUCUCAAUGUAAGGACGAAAAGCAAUCAGCAGCUUGCCAGGAAAUCAUGAAGGAGAUAAUUACCAAGGCAACUAGUGAUGGUACGAUUCAUACACGAGACUGGGAUGCCGAGCCUCUCUUCACAAUACCAAAUACUGAUAUGGCUGAUAAGAGCAAUUCACAAAAUCCAACCCCUUUUUCUUCAUUUUCGAAGUACAAGAAGAGUCCAACUAAACGGUCCAAGAGUAGGUGGGAGCCUCUAUUGGAAGAGAAGCCAGUUGACAAAUUGAGUUCUAUGAACAAUUUUGCUGCAAAAUAUAGUAGCCAAAUUCAUCUUGACGAAAAGGACAGAAAGCCUACAGGAGCAAAUUCUGAGGUGAAGUCUGAUAUUAUGAAAAAGAUUAGGUUUCCACAGAUGGAGCAGAAAUCUGCUAGUAAAACUUUCCAGAGACAAGUAAAGAGACAGCGUCUUGCUGAUGCAAGUGCUGCUGAUAAUGGUGAUGCAUCUAGCGAUAGUGAGAAUGAGCAAAAUUUAACAGCAUAUUAUUCUGGUGCUAUUGCACUUGCUAAUACUCCAGAGGAGAGAAAGAGACGUGAAAAUCGUUCCAAGCGUUUUGAGAAAGUGCAAGGUAAUCGAGCAGAAAUUAAUCACUUUAAGGCCAAAAAUGCUGGCACUGGAAAUCUAUAUGCUAGAAUGACUACUGCUUUGGUGCUUAGCAAAAGUUUUGAAGAUGGUGGCAGCAGAGCUGUUGAAGACAUUGACUGGGAUUCACUAACUGUGAAAGGAACAUGCCAGGAAAUAGAGAAACGUUAUUUGCGUCUUACUUCUGCUCCAGAUCCCUCCACUGUAAGAUCGGAAGAAGUUCUGGAAAAAGCUCUGCUUAUGGUUAAAAAUUCCCAGAAGAACUACCUUUAUAAGUGUGAUCAGUUGAAGUCUAUACGCCAAGACUUAACUGUCCAAAGAAUUCUUAACCAGCUAACAGUAAAGGUUUAUGAAACUCAUGCUCGAUUUGCAUUGGAAGUUGGGGACCUGCCUGAGUAUAACCAGUGCCAAUCACAGUUGAAAAUCCUUUAUGCUGAAGGAAUCGAGGGUUGCCAUAUGGAGUUUGCUGCGUAUAAUUUACUUUGUGUUAUAAUGCACUCAAACAACAACAGAGAUCUCUUAUCAUCAAUGUCAAGGUUAUCUGAUGAAGCAAAGAAGGAUCAAGCUGUUCAGCAUGCACUUGCAGUUCGAGCAUCAGUGACUUCAGGAAAUUAUGUCUUGUUCUUCAGAUUAUACAAAACGGCACCUAACUUGAACCCAUGCCUUAUGGAUCUCUAUGUUGAGAAAAUGCGGUACAAGGCUGUAAGCUGCAUGUCUCGAUCUUAUCGUCCUCACGUUCCUGUUUCGUACAUUGCUCAGGUGCUGGGCUUCAGCAGUUGUAUGCCUACAAAUGAAGGAAGUGAUGAUAAAGACUCUGAUGGAUUGGAGGACUGUGUUGACUGGUUGAAGGCACAUGGUGCAUCCCUAGUUGCAGAUAGUAAUGGAGAGAUGCAACUUGAUACUAAGGCUUCAUCUUCAAGUCUCUUCAUGCCUGAUCCUGAAGACGCCGUUGCCCAUGGUGAUGCUAGUCUAGCAGUUAACGAUUUUCUGACACGAACAUCGUCAUAGCCGAGUUUAAUUUGUACUCUUAAAGUGUAUUUGAAAGCAUUUGUGAGAUGAUUCAAGUGGGAUGCCUUUUCCAUCCGUGGUUCAAUCUAUAAGUGGGAACAGUUCCGAGGAACAGAGUGGCGCAUCCGACUGACCGAGGCUGAUGAUGUUUCUUGUACCCUACUAGACAGUAAGAUCACAGUUGUUUACCAUGGAAUUAUAAUUCAAAAGAACUCAAAAUUUCUCUUCUUCAGGAAGGAGAUGAGGAAAAUUCAUUAGCACGUUUGAUAUAUGAAUGCCUUCCAUGUUGGAUAGACCUGUCUAUGGAUAAAUUCGGAUUGGGAUCUGGUUAAGUCGAGGUUGCCCGAGAACCCAUUACUGUUCGUCAUAUGUUAGAGGUCAAAUUAUGCUGGUAGUUUCUGUAGCUAAACGAGAUUUAAGUUUUAAUUUUUGUCUUAGAAUGUUAAAAAUUAAAAUUAAAUUACUUUUAUUUGAAAA